AUGGAGAACCUCAACCUCGCCAUCGCCCACCGCCCGCCUCUGCCGGUACCGUCGGCGGGCUACCUCCGCCGCCGCCACCUCCACCACCUCCCCGCCCCACUCUCCCUUCCCAGCCCCUCCCUCCACCUUUCCUUCCCGCAUAAUCAUCGCCUUUCUCCCGCCCUUCGCCGCCACCUCCGCCUGCCUCUUCGCGUCUCCCAAACCCCUGAUGCUAACCCCGAGCCUGAGCCUGAGCCCGAGUCCACCGGUGCGAAGCUAGUGCCGCUCGUCAUCUCCAUCGCCGUCGGCCUCGCCGUGUGGUUCCUCGCGCCGCGGCCCGUUGAGGUGAGCCCGCAGGCCUGGCAGCUUCUCUCCAUUUUCCUCUCCACCAUCGCGGGGCUGGUGCUUGGCCCGCUCCCCGUCGGCGCAUGGGCCUUCCUCGGGCUCACCGCCGCCGUCGCCACUCGCACGCUCCCCUUCGCCGCCGCCUUCUCCGCCUUCACCAACGAGGUCAUCUGGCUCAUCGUCAUCUCCUUCUUCUUCGCGCGCGGGUUCGUCAAGACGGGCCUCGGUGACCGAAUCGCCACCUACUUCGUCAAGUGGCUCGGGAGCAGCACGCUGGGCCUGUCCUACGGGCUCACCAUCAGCGAGGCCUGCAUCGCGCCAGCCAUGCCCAGCACCACGGCGAGGGCCGGAGGCGUGUUUCUGCCCAUCAUCAAGUCGCUCUCGCUAUCGGCUGAGAGCAAGCCCAACCAUCCAUCGUCGCGGAAGCUUGGGUCCUAUCUUGUGAUGACGCAAUUCCAGGCAAGUGGUAACUCGAGUGCUUUAUUCCUCACUGCUGCAGCACAAAACCUGUUGUGCUUGAAGCUAGCAGAGGAGCUUGGUGUAAUCAUUGCAAAUCCAUGGGUAUCAUGGUUCAAAGCUGCUAGUUUGCCAGCUCUUGUUUCUCUGCUAGCAACACCAUAUUUGCUGUACAAAAUCUUUCCCCCUGAAACAAAGGACACCCCUGAUGCCCCAGCACUGGCUGAAGAGAAACUGAAGCGCAUGGGCCCUGUGACUAAAAGCGAAUGGGUUAUGAUUGGCACAAUGAUUCUUGCAGUCUCCUUAUGGGUUUUUGGGGAUGCUAUUGGUGUGUCUAGUGUUGUGGCUGCAAUGCUUGGGCUCUCCAUUCUUCUCCUUCUGGGUGUGCUAGACUGGGAUGAUUGCUUGAAUGAGAAAUCAGCAUGGGAUACAUUGGCUUGGUUUGCGGUUCUGGUUGGAAUGGCAGCACAACUCACUAACCUGGGAAUUGUUUCUUGGAUGUCAAGCUGUGUUGCCAAGCUGCUUCAGUCGUUCUCGUUGAGUUGGCCAGUGGCAUUUUGUGUUCUUGAGGCCUCCUACUUUCUGAUCCACUACCUAUUUGCAAGCCAAACUGGACAUGUUGGAGCCUUAUACUCUGCAUUUCUGGCUAUGCAUAUAGCGGCCGGUGUUCCUCGUGCGCUGUCAGCACUCGCUUUGGCAUUUAACACAAAUCUGUUCGGUGCAAUCACUCAUUAUAGUAGUGGGCAGGCUGCAGUAUACUUUGGAGCCGGAUAUAUUGAACUUCCAGAUGUUUUCACGCUGGGUUUUAUAACAGCCUUGAUUAACACAUUAAUCUGGGGAGUUGUUGGAACCAUUUGGUGGAAAUUUCUGGGGCUGUACUGA